AUGUUUUUGCAAGCAAGGACGAUUCAGCCAACGACACGUCGCCCUGCCUUCUCGCCUGUUUCAUCCCUGCUGGCCCCUCACUGCUGGUCCUCACUGCUGUCGCGCAGUGACAGGCCCAUCCCUCAUGGAAAACGCCCCCGCUUCCCGGAUGUCCCCUGCCUCAACCUCUUCAACCUCCACACUGAAGUAAGGAGUAAACAUACGUUUACCCCUUCAGUGUGCAACGCGCUCACGCUCCGCCGCAGUAAACAUACGUUUACCGCGGAGCGUGAGCGCGUUGAGCAUCACGCUCAUGUGGGAACACAGCGACAUGGGGGAAGCCAAGCUUUCCACACGCCCUCCCCUCCUGAUGUCGACGCCCCGCCCACCGCGCCGCACCCACCGCACCCCGCCCUCCUCAUAACUCCAUACGCGCCUUCGUAUGCGCACCCCCUCCCUAAACUUCGCCCCCAGUGCCGCACCCCUCCCCCGAGUCACCGCCCCCGCCGUCUCCAGCCCCGCACAUGGAAACCAGGGAGCGCACAGGCACACGCUGGUCUGCUGCGCGCCGCGCGCUACGCGACCUUCCCGCCGCCGUGCGCGCCCUCUUCCCGCGCUUCCGCGACGACCCAGACCCGCCGCGAGCGCCCCCAGACGUCGACGUGGACGCGGCCAGCGUCGCCGCGGACCUCGAUGCCGAAGAAGCCGCCUUCCCCGAUAAAUCCGCCGAAGACCGCUUCGUGUACCAACCGAGCACCGUGUGGGAACGCCUUCUCGUAG